AUGUUUUUGUUUUUAAUAUAUGGCAUUUUUGGAUAAGUAAUAGUAGAAAUCAAUGAUAGUAAAGCUUACUUCAAUGUUCACGAAGGAGUAAGCAGUACUAUAUUCUAAUUACCACAUGCAUGGGAUGGAUAAUUGAAUGGAACAGGAUGUGAAUUGAAAUAAAAAUAAAUUUUGGAAAGCAUUAGCUAAUAUUAAAUUAUAGAAUUCUCUGAAGAAAUAAUGGAAUAAUUAAUACUUGUUAGUCAGGAUGAUUAUCGUAUUGCUAUAAUGACUUCAAACUAUAGAUUAAUAAUCAUCCAUAAAAACAACCAUUUUUAAAAAUCUUCUUAUGAUCUAUCAAAAUAUGAGAUUGAUGAUAUUCGUUAAAUCAUUUUAAAUAAUAAUAUAGUGUUAGUAAUAACAGAUACAAAUGCCUAUGUUGUAUAUUUAUUACCAAUAAGUAUACUUGAGUUUGAUGAAUGGAUUCCUCGGUAAGAACGUUGGCUUACUAAUAUAUACGGUGACUUUAUAUAUACAGCUGUAGGUUUAAAUGGUAUAGAUAUAUAUCAUUUAUCUAAUCUAACUUAUUAUAGAACUAUAAAUCAUGUAGAUAUUGGAUAAAGUUAAUUAUGUGUCAAAGAUUUUACAAUAUUUAAAACUACUUUAUAUAUAUUAGAUUGUUAAAUAGGUUUGAUUAUUGCAAAAAUGAAUAGUUAUGAAAAUGUAAUUGAUUUUAAAGUUAGAAAAAUAGAUGUUCAAGAAGGUGGAAUAGCAGUUGAUACAAAGAAUGGAAUCAAUAUUUUUGUAGGUUAUAAAUGGAGACUUAGAUAUGCAAUUGUAGAAUAUGUUGUAGAUGAUAUAGAUUGGAGAGUAUAAAAUCUUAUUUACACAAAUAAAAUAAAAGAUGUUGAUGUUAAUAAUGAAUAUGCAAUUAUUUAAGGUAAUAGCAGACAUAUGGUUGCAUUUAACUUUGGAACUUCGUUAUCAAAUAAUAUAAUAAAAUAUAAUUUGAGAGAUUUCGAAUUAAGAAAUAAUGAAUUAAUUGGUAUCACAAUGACGUAGCUCUUUCGUAGUCAUUUGUAAUUGAUACCAUUAAAAGUUGAUUGUUAGCUUUAAUAAGGCAGUUCUCACCAAUUUUCUCUUGUCUAUAAUGUCUCUCAUAAUGGUACUACAAUAGAGAGACACCAUCUCAAAUUUUAAGUGAAUUUGGUUUCAACUUAUUUAUACAGAAAUUAAUCGUAUUUAGUAAUUAUAUUGAUCACAUUAUUGCUUUUUAUUUUUUCAUUGAUAAGUAUGCAUUAUCAAAUUAAUAAUAGUCAUAAUGAUCAUUAAAUGGUAUUAUAAUUUAAGAAAGGAAGAAAAAAAAAUAGCAAAAAGUAUUAGGGGAUAUAGUUUAUCAUUACCAACCAGUGGUAGAACAAAUACACAAUAAAGUUCAAGACCAUUUUCACCCACCAAUUAAUAAUUAAUUAUCAAUAAUAUACAAUAGUAAUAGUGA